AUGCGUCCUAAUACUGCUGUUCAUAAGGCAGCCUUUUAUGGGAUGGUGGUGCCGUUGGGUGCCGGUCAGGAUGUUGGACGGAGUUGCAUCUUGCUGUCGAUUGGUGGGCGAAACAUUAUGCUUGACUGUGGUAUGCAUAUGGGCUACAGCGACGAAAGAUGCUUUCCGGAUUUUUCGUUUAUUAGCGGUAAUGCACCUCUGACAAACUAUAUUGAUUGUGUCAUUAUUACACAUUUUCAUCUGGAUCAUUGUGGGGCUCUGCCGCAUAUGAGUGAAACUGUAGGAUAUAAUGGACCUAUAUAUAUGACGUAUCCCACUAAAGCGAUUGUACCGGUAAUGCUGGAGGACUACAGAAAAGUCCAGGUGGAGGCAAAAAACAGUCCUUUUUGUUUCACACAACAGAUGAUAAAAAACUGUAUGAGAAAGACGAUAGGAGUGAACAUUCAUGAAGAAGUUAAUGUAUUUGAUGAUCUCACAAUUUGUGCAUAUUAUGCUGGCCAUGUUCUUGGUGCAGCAAUGUUCCUCAUAAAAGUUGGAGAUGAAAGUGUUCUUUACACCGGAGAUUAUAAUAUGACUCCUGACCGCCACUUGGGAGCAGCACGUGUCAGGCCAGGUUUACGCCCCGAUUUACUAAUCACGGAGACUACGUAUGCUACUACUAUCAGAGACUCGAAACGUGCUAGAGAAGGCGAUUUCUUGAAGAAGGUUCAUGACUGCGUAAUAAACGGUGGAAAGGUGUUAAUUCCAGUAUUUGCAUUGGGUCGAGCACAGGAAUUAUGCAUACUGUUGGAUACAUACUGGGAACGGAAAAACCUUUCAGUUCCAAUUUAUUGUUCGCAGGGUCUAGCUGAGCGGGCAACACAGUUUUUCCGGUUUUUUACCACUUGGAUGAACGAGAAUAUGAGACGAUGUUUUUACGACAGAAAUCUGUUUGAUUACAAACACAUAAAGCCCUUUGAUAAUUCAUAUGUUGACUCUCCUGGUCCUAUGGUGUUAUUUAGUCCUCCAGGGAUGCUUCAUGGUGGGCAGUCACUACGCAUUUUUAAAAGGUGGUGUUCAGACCCAAAUAAUAUGAUCAUUAUGCCUGGCUUCUGUACCAGCGGUACUGUUGGUGCAAAAGUUAUUGCAGGCGAAAAACAGGUUGAAAUAGAUGGAGACAAAGUAGACGUUCGAUUAAGCGUUGAGUAUAUGUCAUUCAGUGCUCAUGCAGAUGCCAAGGGGAUUUUACAGCUGAUUCGUGCAUGUGAACCUAAGAAUGUAAUGUUCGUUCAUGGGGAAAAUGCGAAGAUGGAAUUUUUAAAAUCGCAAGUUGAGGAGCAGUUUAAAGUGAACGUAUACAAACCAGCAAAUGGGGAAUCUGUGACCAUCCGAACGAAGCCGAAAGUUGAAAUAAGUGUUCCUGUUGAUAUCAUUGAAAGGUCACUUUCCUUGGACCCGACUCCGAGUAAAAGAUUUUGUCCGUUCCAUGCAGUACUCACAUUAGACGCCGAGAUUUUGCAGAGGAAGGACCUGAACGUAAUAUCGGUUGAAGAUGCUGCAAAGCUUAUAGGCGUAAAACUCCACAAAGUGGAAUUCGUUAAUCGUUUUAAACCGCUUCUUCAAGAUAGAGAGCAGAUCUCAGAAUGCCUGAAACAGUAUGAUCCGAACUUAUCCCUAAAAGAUGAGUUCAGUUCUAAACGGCCUUGUUUCCAGAAUAUCAUUUUUAUGUUCGGUGGUGAAGUCUGUUUAAACUGGGUCGACGAGAAGGAAUGCCUUAUAGAAAUAGUCUACGAUGAAUCCCGAGAGCCAUGGUAUAAGGUCAUCAAAAGUGCCUUAACAGACCCUUCGCACGAUAUGAUCUCCGGAGUUUUCCGUUCAUAA